UCUUGCAAGGGGAGACAUGUUUUCAGCGGUGACCCCUUCUUGAAGCAUGAAUACAAGCUCAUGGACGAGAGUGGACCAGCUCACAAAAAAAUGUUUACUGUACAACUGUUGCUAACGCCAGAAGAAAUUUUCGAGGGUAGUGGAGCUUCCAUUAAAAAAGCACAACAAGCUGCUGCCGCUGCAGCACUUGCAGGCACGUCACUUGCAAUGCCACCUGAGAAAAGGAAGAAGAAAGGUAUUCAGAUAAAACAUCAAUCUCAGGAAACACCAAGUGAGGGUGAUUCGAUUCCCAAACACAAACAGAAAUCAGUGAUUAGUCAGGUGCAUGAAUGCGCUCUUCAGAUGAAGCUCAAUGUGGAGUUUGAGGUAAUAAAGGAGGUGGGCCCUCCACAUGAUCGUUCCUAUGUGGUGCGAUGUUCGCUAAAGAAUCCAAAAAAUGAAGUGAAGGGACGGAAGAAAAAAGAAGCUACACAAACUGCAUGUGCAAAUGUCCUUUCUAGAUUGGAAAACUCUCCACUUUUUAUUGCGUCUUCGCUGUAUAAACUUCAAAAACGUGUUUUGAAUUCUUCAAGAGAACCAAAGAGGAAAACGAUUGUAAAGGACAUGAAAAUGGAUCCAACUUACGGUCAUCAAAUUAAUCCGAUUUCACGACUCAUUCAAGUUCUUCAAGCUCGCUGUGAAGAUGAACCUCAAUUUGAGCUGGUAUCAGAACAAGGUCAAAGCCGUUAUAAAGAGUUCACUGUUCAGGUCAGUUGUGGUAAGCGAAUAUGUUGUGGAAGUGGGCCGAACAAACGACUUGCGAAGCGUGCAGCGGCAGAAGCUAUGCUGGCUGAGAUAGGCUAUGUUAAACCAUUACCACCACCUGGGAAAAGUUUACUUAAAAAGAAGACUGAUUCUCCACUCAAUAUUGGUAAUCUUUUUAGAUUACUUUUAACAUCUAAACUGAGCAAUUCUCAACAAACAUCGCUUGACCCAUCUUCAUUUCUUUUAACUGAUGGUGAAUCUAUGGAGAGUUCAUCAAAUGUGCCGCCGUCACCUGGUCGUCGCCGUGUAACUUUUAGCAAUCAGGUGAAGGCAUGCCCGCCACCAGAAGACAGUAAUUACCCGGAGCCAGAACUAGCACCACUGAAGGCAGAUGUUCUGAUAGAAGGUCGAGUAAGACGUUUACGACGAACGAAAGAGGCGAAAAGAAUUUUAACUAGUAUUUUGCACUUCUUUGCAGGUACCACUGAUUCAUCAGAGUCUUGUAAAAUUCUUAGCGCAAAGCGCCGACUUGAGAUGAUGUCUGAAACUUUCAAAUUCAGUGUGCAGUACACGAACUUCCCUAAGGUUGGGAGUUGCUGA